UCCACUCAACUCCAGACACCGGACUCGGAUGCGUCCCCGAGGGAUCCCUGCCAGGGAGCUGCCACCCCUGAGCUGCCACCCCUGAAACCCCCUUCCCCAACGAAUUUUUCGUUCGGAGCGCGUGGGCCGGGAGCCAGGUGAGGCUGGAACCUCCAUUUCCGAAGCUCUCUCUCCAAUCCGUCACUGCGGUUCCUCCCAGUAGAAUCCGUUUCAGGAAGAGGUUUGUCUGCGCGGGACAGCCUUGCCAUUCAUCACUGCGGGAGGGCAGAAUCGGGGGCCGGGGGCCGCCCGGCGAGAGGGGAGGGGCCAGGGGCGGCCCCCUUGUGACCAGCCCUGAGGAGAGGUCAGGAGAGGAGGCUGGCUGAGUGAGGAGCGCCUGGACAGCAGCGGCUGCUGACGUUCGGAAUCACGCGCCCGGGGCCCAAGCCGCAGCCCGGUUCCGGACGCCUCUCUCCCCGGCCCAGCAGCGGAGCUGAUGGCCCAAGUUCCAGAAGCUUCCUCGCCCUCCACCUCUGCGGUCCGCUGGAGCUUGGGAGGUAGGGGAGGAGCCUCCCCCGCGGAGGCGGCGGCGAAGGCAGGGGAGAUGGAGGAGGAGGAGGCGGCGGCGGCGAGGGCGAUGAAGGCGAGCGCGGGCCAGGAGGCUGCGGAGGGGAAGCCGCAGCCAUUACAGGAGCGCAAGCCCGCGCCCGAGACCUUGCCCUGGAGGAGCGGCGGCCGCGGCGAGGAGAAGGUGCUCCCCUCCGCCCCCCCGCGCUGGCUCGGCGGCUCCGCGCCCCUGUGCCCGCGCCGCAAGCCCCGCCCUCGGCCCCAGCCCUGGGCGCGCGCCCGCGGCCCGCCCGCGCUCUCGCUCCCGCCCCCGCCCCCGGUGCAUCCCUCCCCGGUGCCACCCCGGCCCCGGGCCUGGCGCAGACCCAGCCGCAGGGCCCGCCCCGCGGCAUCCAGGCCGCCGCUGCGGCAGAGCGGCCCCGGGCACUCGGGCAGCUCCGGGGACCGCAGCGGCUUCGGGGACUGGCUGCUGGAGGUGGAGCUGGAGCAGGGUCCCACCGGCUGCUCUCACGUGGAGAGCUUUAAGGUAGCCAAGAACUGGCAGAAGAACCUGCGGCUGAUCUACCAGCGGUUCGUGUGGAGCGGGACCCCCGAGACUCGGAAGCGGAAGGCCAAGUCGUGCAUCUGUCACGUCUGCAGCACCCACAUGAACAGACUGCACUCGUGUCUCUCCUGCGUGUUCUUCGGCUGCUUCACGGAGAAGCACAUCCAUAAGCAUGCAGAGACGAAAGAGCACAACUUAGCGGUAGACCUCUACCACGGGGUCGUGUACUGCUUUCUGUGCAAGGACUAUGUGUAUGACAAAGACAUAGAGCAGAUCGCCAAAGAGACAAAGGAGAAGCUUGCGAAGUUAGCUUCCACCUCCGCAGAUGCUGCUCAGCAGCAGGGUCUGGAGUCUGGUGCCGAGGAGAAGCGGUCCAGCUGUGACUCAAAGGAACAGGAGCCCAAAUUGGUGAAACCCAAGAAAAAGAGGAGGAAAAAGUCUGUCUACACGGUAGGCCUGCGAGGGCUCAUCAAUCUCGGGAACACCUGCUUUAUGAACUGCAUCGUGCAGGCCCUCACCCACAUCCCGCUGCUGAAAGAUUUCUUUCUCUCUGACAAGCACAAGUGCAUCAUGACGAGCCCCAGCUUAUGUCUCGUUUGCGAGAUGUCUUCGCUGUUUCACGCAAUGUACUCUGGGAGCCGGACCCCUCACAUUCCCUACAAGUUACUGCACCUGAUAUGGAUUCAUGCCGAACACUUGGCAGGGUACCGGCAGCAGGAUGCCCACGAGUUCCUUAUUGCGAUAUUAGAUGUGCUGCACAGACACAGCAAAGAUGAUGGUGUUGGGCCGGAGGCCAAUGCCUUCAACUGCUGCAACUGCAUCAUAGACCAAAUCUUUACCGGUGGCCUGCAGUCUGAUGUCACCUGCCAAACUUGCCAUAGCGUCUCUACCACGAUAGACCCGUGCUGGGACAUCAGUUUGGACUUGCCUAGCUCUUGUGCCACAUUCAAUUCCCAGAGUCCAGAGAGGGCUGACGGCACAGUGGGUAGGAAUGACCACAUACCAGGCAUCCCGUCACUCACAGACUGCCUGCAGUGGUUCACCAGGCCAGAGCACUUGGGAAGCGGUGCCAAAAUCAAAUGUAGCCAUUGCCAAAGCUACCAGGAAUCGACCAAACAGCUCACAAUGAAGAAAUUGCCCAUCGUGGCCUGUUUUCAUCUAAAGCGGUUUGAACAUCUCGGCAAGCAGAGACGAAAGAUUAACACUUUUAUCUCCUUUCCCUUGGAGCUGGACAUGACCCCGUUUUUGGCCUCCACGAAAGAGAGCAGAAUGAAAGAUGGCCAACCACCACCAGAAUGUGCACCCAACGAGAAUAAGUAUUCCUUGUUCGCAGUGAUUAAUCACCAUGGAACUCUGGAAAGUGGACACUACACCAGCUUCAUCCGGCAACAAAAGGACCAGUGGUUCAGCUGUGACGAUGCCGUCAUCACCAAGGCUACCAUCGAGGACUUACUCUACAGCGAAGGAUAUUUACUGUUCUAUCACAAAAAGGGUCUCGAGAAAGACUAGUCUUAUCAGGCCACUUUCCAGAACCAAGUAAAAGAAAGAAGUAGGCAAGGAUCCUACAUGGAAUGGACAACAACAAUACCUAUACAACAAUGAGCACCUCUUGAAAUAUCACAAAAACCUCCUGGAAUGGACAAUGACAACAGCACCUAUAUGACAAUUAGCACCUUGAUGUAAUGAACUCUUCCCACAGGCCUGUGGGAAAAAUGAAUACUAACUAGUGACCAGCCUUAAAUGGGAGGAGGAAGGAGUGGUCGAAAAUGGUCACAUAAAGCAUAGUUAAGUGAAAAGAAUAUUUUAGGUAGGCAGAGUGGGAAUAGAAAUGUUCUAGAACUACUAUAUGUCAUUUGUUUCUGUAAAACAUACUGUGGGAAAUCAGGGAGUAUUGUUCAGCAAAAAGCUUCACAAUUGGUAUUCUAGCUGUGGCUGACCGAAUAGUUUUUGAAGAAAGAAUAAUAUUUUAAAAGAGAUUCUAAAAAGCUUUAAAAGAGAAACAUUUAAAAAACAUUUCUUUUUAUUUUAAAAGAAAA